UGUGUUCUGUGGUGUAGUAUUUUCAAUGUUCAUUUUUCUAUGACCGCAAGGAGUCCGCUUUUGAAGUUUUUACUUCUGUACAAAUUUUCCCUCAGAUUUUUGUAUGCUUCUUCCUGACAAUUUAUGUUUGAAUUUGGGCAUGUUCACGAUCACAUUCUGGUUGUCCGUCCAUUUAUCACAUGAGAAGUGGCAACGCUGACUAAAUUUGUUUUUUGCUUUACAUCUGUUCUUGACGUUUGACAUAAACAUAACGUGAAUUCUAAGAAGUAAGAAGUGGUUGUCAAUUUUUCAAAUUUGAAGAAUGUAAACUAAACGCUAAAUAUUUUUUGUGUGGCAAAAUGAUAGCCAAAAAUGUGCUCGAAAUCAUUAAAUUAAUUGCUAAGGAACAGUUUAUUAGAUUCACUGUUAUUAUCGUCACAUUAUUUGUUAUAUUUUUAGGUGUUACGCUGAGUCCCGUUGCUGCUAUUGUAAUAUAUUUCUCGUACAUAUUCGGAUAUGUGGUAUCUGGGCUUCUGCUAAAAUACAGGAACAAAACUGGUAUCUACUUCCAACGUCUGAACAGUUUCUACAAAGAAAAAUUCUCAACCAAGACAGCAAUAAAACAUUCAUGCAGCAUAUGUGAUAAUUUGUCUUGCAGAAGACACCAGCAAAAUGCAAGUGUCACACCAUGGAAACACUUGCAUAUUUCAAAAGAAUUGAACUCUGCAGUUGAAGAUUUUUAUGAACAAAUACUCGAAAAUUUUGUCAAAAGUUGGUACACACCAUUGACAGAUGACACUGACUUCAUAAAUGAACUGAGAUAUUGCUUUCGUUAUGCUGUGGCAUCAGUGGUGAACAGAAUUCUUGAACUCGAUGUUGCUGAUGUAAUAGCCAAUAAACUUGUGCCAUGUGCUAUAAAACAUGUGGAAGACUUUCUCUACAUGCAACAAAUUGCUAAAUUGAGGAAUAUUAGGUUCAAUGAGGUUAUUAUUGAGUAUAUGGGAAAGAGGUUACAUAUUGCUGCAACAAAUAGAAAAAGUGAACUUGAAUACUUGAGGCAUUUGUCUGCAGCUUUAUUGGUGAACAUUUCACCAGACUCAUAUUUGAAAUGCAAGAAUUAUUCAUUGAUAAUGAAAGAAAUAUUAGCAGGAUGGGUAUUUCUCCCUCUGAUGGACGUGUUAGCAAACCCAAAUAUAAUAAACUCUCUCGUUAUUUUGGUAAUCACCUACAAAUCAAAAACGAUCACAAAGGUUCAGAAGAAAGAAGAAUAUGUUGAAUUUCUGAAUAACUAUGUAAAAGUUGAUAAAAAAGUCUCAUCCUUUGCUACGAACUUGAACAAGAUCAAGAAUAACACUGAAUUAUUAUAUGCAUUCAUGCAAUUUUUGAAAAAGCAGGACAAUGUGAACCUCUUGCAGUUCUGCUUGGAUGUUGACGACUUCAAUUCAAAACUUCUCACGCCUAAUCUACCGAAAAAACAAAUAGAAGAAUUACAUUCGGAUAUUAUAAAACUGUACAAUGAGUAUAUUGACAAUAGUAGCUACAAUUUCAUUAGCUGCCCUUCUAGUAUAUCUCACGAUUUCAAAAAGUUGAUAGAUGAUGUCUACACAGUUGACAAACUUUCUAAUUUAUCCAAACUGUUAUACAAAGCUUAUGAUCAUACUUUUACCACAUUGGAAAACACUUGGUUACCACAAUUCUUCCACAGCAAUGAGUUUUAUGCCUAUAUAUGUGGAUCCAAGAUUAUACCAACUUACAACAAACAUAACGUGAGAACGAAAAAAAUGAGCGAAUAUUCUAACCAAGGUGCCGUAUCAAAACUAGGUGUAUCAAAACUAAGUAGUGGUUUUGGCAAGAUUAAAGGAGUUUUGAGGAGUACCCAAACUGUAGAGGGAGCAUUCUUCCCUUUAGCACCUCAAGGCGUUGAGGACGGCACCGUGGAUGACAUGCUUCUUUCUGAAUGCAAAACACUCUUCAGAGACUUGAGCACUUGGAGAGUUACGGUUCCUUCUUAUCAGGCUAGUCCGUCAAGUAAAGUGAUAUAUUUUUAUGUGAAUGUAGAAAGAUUCGAUAUGUUGUCUGAAGAUAAUAAAAAGUCAUGGGUAGUGCUCAGAAAAGAUCAGGAUUUCUAUACUUUGAAAUCAAAGCUGGUCGAAUUUCAUGGUGAAAAUAUUAUUAAUGAUUCUCCACUACCUUCAAGAAAGGCUGGUUCAUCUGUAGAGAAUCGAAUGGUCAAAUAUGAGGAAUUUUUGAAAAACCUACUCUCUAAGCCCACAUUAAGGGGUAGUGAUCUGUUACACUCAUUUUUAACGACGGAGGAAGACUUCAGUAUUUUCAUAGCAGCGAACGCAUCAAAUAUUCAGGAUAUAGGGAAUAUAUAUCAGUCAGUGGCACAUAAGUUAAGGAAAGAGAAAGGGCAACAUUUGGAUCCUUUCAUGGCAACGUUUUUGAACUCUACCGGAGCUGGAAAACAGAAAACUGACAAACCAGAGUUGGCAGAGGAAGGAGAAGAGACAUAUAGACUAGGCUUUAAAUUCACUGAGAACAUUCCGCCACCAAAAACAUACAGAAACCAUGUUUUCAAUGACAACUUUGGUGUUCAGCAUAAAAACUUGCAAGAAACGAUGAGUGGCUCCUUCAAUCCAGAAGGUUUUUGCGAAUGCUUUUUUUAUUUGAGUAAGUUUUUAAUUAUCUCUCAAAGUACAGUGGAAAAUUAGCAUUAUAUUUCAUAUGUGACAUGUCCACACCAAAAAUAUGGUCAACAUUUUUUUACACCGAGGCAGUCGCGCAGGCAGAAGCCUAAAUGCCAGAGCAUCGCGGCUGCUAUGAGUAGCUUGAAAAAACUUUAUUAAUCCGAUUUUUGAAUUCCCUAAGGUUAGUACAGCUGGGAAAAGCCUUCUCAUGUACGUUGUUCCACAAUCUCGAUACCCUAGUGACAAAAGAGCGGUCGUAUCGGGCAGUUGUGAAUGUUCGACACGGUUAGGAUGGGAUGCCGAAGUCAGGCGGGUCUGUCAGGCCCGCACAUCGCGCGGCGACAUCAUAGAGGAGAGCUCUGAGAAGCAAAGCUCAUUGGUGUAGGAGAGAGUUAAAUCGCCGACGGUCCGUUAGAGAAGAGUAAUCGAUUAGUCGGAUAAUCUUUCUACAGGAUCAGUCAGAAAGAACGCAUUUUUUUCGAAUUGGUACCUACUACAUCGAAUGGGCUGGUCUCGUGUCGGAGGGGAAGGGCGUGUUGGAUAUUGGGAGAAGUGCCGUUUCAGUUAGCAAGAUGGUUUGGAACGUUGAGCAUCGUGUGUUCACUGUACGACGGUACUUUCAAAAUGGCGAGUCUGUCGUUCGAACGCAACGUGAAUUUCGCGUUCACUUUCGUGAUCCACGUCGUGGGACAGUACCAGACCGUAACACCAUUUUGAGAUGGGUGGAAGCAUUGAACACAACAGGUAACGUGAUGAAGAAAAAACCGCCAGGACGAAACCGUACUGUUAGAACCCCUGAAAACGUAGACAGAGUGAGAGUUGACACGCUGCAAAGCCCGAAUCGUUCCGUCCGUUUGCGUGCCAGUUCCCUAGGGAUCCACGCGUCCUCUGUACGUCGCAUCUUGAAGAAGGAUUUAGUAUUCCAUCCUUACAAAAUCCAAGUUUGUCAACAACUGUUGGCAGGGGAUUAUGCACAACGUGUUAAUUUUGCACAGCUCAUGAUUGAACAGUUGGAUAAAAAUGACAUGACGUUGUUUAUGAGUGAUGAAGCACAUUUUCAUUUACAUGGAUACGUCAGUAAACAAAAUUGUCGAUAUUGGUCUCCAGUGAACCCCAAACAGUUGCAUGAGCACCCUCUGCAUACCUCGAAAGUCACAGUUUGGUGUGCAGUAGGUGCAACGAUGAUUAUUGGCCUUUAUUUUUUUGAUGAUGAUGGAGAAACAACUACUGUGAAUUCAAAGCGUUACAUCCACAUCCUGAACAACUUUUUUUUCGGAACUUCGACGUCGGCGUGUCCGUCUCAGAAUAGUGUGGUUCCACCAAGACGGGGAAACAUCUCACACAGCUCGAACUUCGAUGGAACUUCUUCGGUAAAAAUACCCAGGACGUCUCAUUUCACGUCAUGGCGAUGUUCCAUGGCCCCUUCGCUCUCCGGACCUGUCAACGUGUGAUUUUUUUAUGGGGCUACCUGAAACCAAAAGUUUACUAACUCGUCGAUUUGAAGGAGGAAAUAAGAAGAGAAGUAACCCAAAUUCCUGCACGAAUGCUGGCCGACGCAAUGGGCUCAUUUCGGGAGAGGCUUGAUUUCUGUAUUUUGUUUUACUCAAAAAAAUGGCAUGUAUUUCUGAGUAUUUUGAUAUAAUGAAAUAUUUUUUCCCAUACUUAUUUUGACUGUACUACUCAUUUAAAAAACAUGCGUUCUUUCUGACGUACCCAGUACGAAGAGCAGCGAGCAAGUAUAUUGUAUUCGGGGCGGCAGCUUCACAAACACGUGAUCAGUAAUCGAGGCUAAGUUUUAUCUGGACCUUGCACAGAGUGAGAAGGUCAUGUGGAGAAAAGUACUUCUUAGUCCUAAAGAAAUAGGCCAGCUUUGUCCCAGCAGCUGCCGCUGUUGACGAGAUGUGUUCGUGCCAGAUCAAGUCCUCAGUGAUAUGGACUCUGACCAGCCGAAAUGCAUGAUUUUUUGACAGAACUCGGUCAUCCAUCGAAACCGGAUGAGCUUUGGGACGCUUCUUUUUUUGUCAAGUGAAACAGAUUUUCAAAAUUCCAAAUGGAAUGUUGCGACUAUAUGCUGCCAUAUCUAAUGUCGCACCAAACCUAGUGGAUCUGUCUUGUAAGAUUAUGAUUGAUAGAAAGUUGAAAUCCGGAUUGUGCCAAUCAAAUUUGACGUACCUGCUCAAGCAGUUAGAGGCUGUCAUAUUCAAUGUCCAUGUAGCUCCCACAAAAGAGGAAUUGGCAAAACGAAAACAACGAGCUUUUGAAGAGCUAGAAAAUGUUGUUCCGAUGUUUGUCAAAAAAGUGUUGAUGUGCGAUAUUGAUAAUGGUUUGAAGACUCUUUUAGAGAUUUUGCAAUAUCCUCAUUAUAACAAACAGUUGGUGUACAAUCUCUUGGACAUAGUGCUGAUCGAGAUGUAUCCUAUGCUAGAAAAAAAUGAAGAUUAUUACUGAAACAUUCCUUUUGUAAAUAAGCUGUAUUAUUUAUUGGUUAGUAUUAUAUAUUUAUAAUUAUAAUGAGCUGUGAUCGUAUUGAGUUUUUAACCACAUGCAUGUAAAUAUUAUUCAUUAAAAUGUGUUGAAACUUUAAUAUAGAAUCGUGC